AAAGCUAGUCUCAUUACAAACAGCUGAAGAGAUCUGUGACACGACAUGGCGAAAUUCCUCAGUCAAGAUCAAAUCAACGAGUAUAAGGAGUGUUUUUCGCUGUAUGACCAGAAGCACAGGGGUAAAGUGAAGGCACAGGAUCUUCUGACGGUCAUGAGAUCUCUGGGCUGCUGUCCGACCCUGCAAGAGCUCGACAGACACUUGCUGACCCAUAACAUCGAUAAGAGCGGCGAGUUGGACUUCUCCACGUUUCUCAGUGUGAUGCAUGCACAGAUCCAGCAGGAGAAGCCACGGGACGAGAUCCUGCAGGCCGUGAGGUUCAUGGACACGGGUAAACGAGGCUUUAUCACCGCGUCAGAGCUCAGGGCCAGACUGACAGGCUUUGGAGAGCCACUCACGGAUCAGGAAGUGGACGAGCUGCUGAGUGAAGCCGGCGUGACCGAUGACGGGCAAAUUAACGACGAGGGUUUUGGGAAAAUGGUGACAUUUCUGACCAGCUGAUGCUGGACAAACUUCAGAGCUGCGAUUAAUCAGAAGCAGAAAGUCAUUAAAGCUGAAAACCACAGAUAUCACAGCAAAAAAUGAAAUAACUACACUAGCAUGACCAUAUUAAACAGACUGCUUGAAUCAUUAACUAACAACCGUGGGAUUGUUUUCAGAGUCUCCAGAUGUGCGACUUUUCCACUUAAAGGUUAAUAGUUGGCUUUCCUGAACUCUCAAACUGUUUAUGUAUGAGUCUUAAGUAGUAAAGAUUUCAGAGUUUUAGUUUUGUCUUUAAAAUUGGGAUCAUAGUGCCCUCUUGUGUUUAUAGAGAGAAUAUCAUUGUAUAUGGCAUGAAUCACAUUUCUCAGAAAUAAAUGUUGAAAUUCUAACAUAAUAAAUGUGAAGGUGGAUCACUGAAUCCCCACUUCUCCUCUCUCUCUCUCUGUGUGUGUGUGUAAAAACAUGUUUGAACAAUUUAUUAUAACCUAUAAAAGCAAGGAAUGAAAGGCAAACUCUUGUUUUGUGAACCCAGCCGUCUUUGCAUCACAGAGCUCAUAAAUUUCCCCAUUGCUGUCGUGUUAUUGUUUGCAUGGGUUUAUGUGUCUGUGUUGAGAUAAUAAACUGAAGUAAAGCACUCCCUAAACCACAGACCUGCUGCCAAAUGUUAAUUAGAUGGAAUAACACUAAAAGUUAACUUUGCAAUUGUGCUUAUGAAGAAAAAAAACAUUGCUAUGAUAAGACAGGACUUUAUUAUGCCCUUCAAAUGGACA